AUGGUGGGGAGGAAGAAGUCAGAUGCAAAGCAGUCCGUUGCUCUCAAUGAUAAAAUGUCUCCAUCCUUGUCCAGGCGCGCUUCCUUAAGGUUAGCUCAGGCCUCGUCUACCCCGAAAACAGACAAAUCCGAGAACCAGCACGAAAUCACCGAUCUCGAUGAUGAGCCUGUAUCCUCAAGUGUUCCAAAACCACGUCGGAGCAUUAGAACGGCAAAACUUGAAGUGGCCAUACCAGUGAAAUCAGCUCGUCGUCGCUCACCAUCGUCCUCCGUUGCCGCCGACGACACAUCUGCAGAUGGAAUUACUGAAUAUGACACACCAGCCACAAGUGUGGCCGUGACUCCUGCAGAGUCUGAUAUAGGGACGUCGAAGAAGAGGGUCAACGCUUCUGCUCGAGCCCGGGAACUGCGAUCAAGUAAUAUGUCUCUAGGAGGACCCAGGGGGUUGAAGAGACAAUCCGCCCUCAAGGCAGAUGAAUAUACCAUGCCCGAUAACGCGGAUGCAGCUCUAGCUAUGGACCUACAGCUUCAGGAGUAUCAAAACAAUCCCCCGAAACGCCGGAAAACUUCCAGUGAUUUAUUGCCGAAUAUCGAUUCCGCCGAUGAUGAUAGUAUGUUGACAGAACCGGAUGACGACGAGGAUGAUGAUUUCUAUGAAGAGAUCGUGCACAAGACAGCUUUCAAGAAGAAGCUCAGGGCAUCUCGUCGCUCUAAUAUCAGCCUUGUGAUCCCGGAUAGUGAUGAUGCGAUGGAGGGCGAUGAGCAUGACUACAUAACGGGUUCUGACCCGAGCGAUUCGUCUUCUGCCCCAAGUGAAGACCAACCAUUGAUCUCACGGAUGAACAAUGUGGGAAAUCAGAGACUCCAGUCUCAGAGACAAAGAUCUGCCCCGCGUACUAGUGCGCUUGCCUCUGGGAUGAGCUACCGGGCUCGCAGGGAGCGGCAGAAGCUUGAGAAACAGCAUCCUAGUAUUGUAACGAUGUGGAAUGAUCUGAAGAACGACCCUCCUAUCACGCCCGUGCCAGCAGCGCAGCCUUCGGGCAUAUCUAGGAUGCUCAAGCCGUUUCAACUCGAGGGCCUGAAUUGGAUGACUCGACAAGAACAAACACAAUACAAGGGCGGAUUGCUGGGUGAUGAGAUGGGUAUGGGCAAGACGAUUCAAGCAGUGUCUCUUCUCAUGUCGGAUUAUCCGGCAGGACGACCGUCCCUGGUCGUAGUACCGCCAGUUGCGCUAAUGCAAUGGCAGUCGGAGAUCAAGGCAUAUACAGACGGAAAAUUACAAGUCCUCGUCUACCACAACACCAACUCCAAGGUCAAGAGUCUGAAGAAGAAAGACCUCGAAAAAUAUGACGUAAUCAUGAUUUCCUAUUCUGGCCUUGAGUCAAUCCAUCGGAAAGAGUGGAAGGGCUGGAGCCGUAAUGAUGGCCUUGUCAAGGAAGACAGUGUUAUUCAUUCCAUUCAUUAUCACAGGCUCAUCCUUGAUGAGGCUCACAGCAUCAAGCAACGUACAACUGGUGUUGCGCGUGCUUGUUUUGCACUUAGAUCCAACUACAAGUGGUGCCUUUCUGGCACUCCUGUUCAGAAUCGGAUCGGCGAAUUCUUCUCACUGCUACGGUUUUUAGAGGUUCGGCCAUUUGCCUGCUAUUUCUGCAAGCAAUGUAAAUGCCAGGAACUACACUGGUCGCAGGAUGCAGAGAAGCGAUGCACGAAAUGCAAACACAGUGGAUUUAGCCAUGUAUCAGUCUUCAACCAGGAGAUACUGAACCCUAUCACGGAACGUGACAACGUGGACGCACGAAAGGAAGCAUUGGCAAAAUUGCGGCUGAUUACGGAUAGAAUCAUGCUGCGACGAGUCAAACGAGACCACACAGCUUCAAUGGAACUUCCUCCCAAGCGCGUCAUCAUACAUAAUGAAUUCUUCGGAGAGAUUGAGCGCGAUUUUUCUACCAGUAUCAUGACGAACUCCUCUAGGCAAUUUGAUACCUACGUGAGCAGGGGUGUAAUGCUGAACAAUUAUGCCAAUAUUUUCGGCCUUAUUAUGCAAAUGCGGCAAGUUGCGAACCAUCCCGAUUUGAUUCUGAAGAAGCAUGCCGAAGGCGGGCAAAACGUUCUCGUAUGCUGUAUCUGCGACGAGCCAGCGGAAGAAGCGAUUAGAUCACGGUGCCGUCACGAUUUCUGUCGGCGCUGCGUCAAGGACUACAUUCAGUCCUUUGAUGCAGAUUCUGUUGUCGACUGCCCGCGAUGCCAUAUACCUCUCUCAAUUGACCUCGAGCAGCCGGAUCUGGAACAGCAUGAAGAUCAUAUCAAAAAGAACUCAAUCGUCAACAGAAUCCGAAUGGAGGAUUGGACCUCGUCGACGAAAAUUGAGAUGCUUGUCUACGAACUUUACAAGCUACGCAGCAAGAAGCAAACACUUAAAUCCAUUGUUUUCUCACAGUUUACCUCGAUGUUGCAACUCGUCGAGUGGCGCCUGCGUAGAGCUGGCUUCAACACAGUCAUGCUUGAUGGGACCAUGUCCCCUGCGCAGCGCCAAAAAUCAAUUGACUACUUCAUGAAUAAUGUGAACGUCGAGGUGUUCCUCGUAUCGCUCAAGGCAGGUGGUGUUGCUUUGAACUUGACAGAGGCGUCAAGAGUUUUCAUCGUUGAUCCGUGGUGGAAUCCCGCAGCCGAAUGGCAGAGCGCCGAUCGAUGUCAUCGAAUUGGUCAACGCCGACCCUGCGUUAUCACGCGACUGUGCAUUGAAGAUUCAGUAGAGUCCCGAAUUGUUAUGCUCCAGGAAAAGAAAGCGAACAUGAUUAAUGGCACCAUCAACAAGGACCAAGGUGAAGCACUGGAAAAGCUCACCCCAGAGGACAUGCAGUUCUUGUUCCGGGGCUCGUAA